AUGUGGCCCUUCCUGAGCUGGGCUCUCUUCCCGCCUCCCAUAGAGGCCUGGCUCCAGACAGUCUCCUCGGACCCUGAGGCCCAGGGCUGGGGGGCCUGGGGGGACACGGAGAAGAGCCAUCUGGGGCCAGGGGAUGGGGGUGGGAGGAAGGAAGGAGAAGCAGAGGAAGACCAGGGUGAAGGCACACCAGGCUUCCUGCUGUCCCUGCUGAAGUGGGAGCACCUGGCUGAGUUCCCGGUGCCUGACCAGGAGCUGGAGGCCAUCAGGUUGAAGCUGUGCACCAUGCAGCAGGCCACGUGGCCGCCCCCGCCACCAGGAGGGCAGGCCGGGGCCUGAGAAGAGGGUGCCACGGGGGCUGAACAGCUGCUGAGCCCCGAGACGCCAGGCCACCCCCUCCCUGGGACCCCCAAGGAGAAGGUGGAGGCCGACCACAGAUCCAUCUACGUGGGCAACGUGGACUACGGGGGCACGGCGGAGGAACUGGAGGCUCACUUCAACCACUGCGGGGAGAUCCACCGAGUCACUAUCCUGUGUUACAAGUUCUCCAGACACCCUAAGGGCUACGCCUACAUAGAAUUUGCCACCGAGCACUCUGCCCGGGCGGCCGUGGAGCCGGACAACAGCGUUUUCCCAGGCCGGGUAAUCAAAGUGCUGCCCAAAAGGACCAACUUCCCGAGGAUCAGCUCCAUGGACCGUGGGGGCCUGCGGGGGCACCCAGGCUCCAGGGGGGUCCCCUUCCCUCACAGCAGCCUCCAGGGCAGAACCAGGGCCGAGGAAGGUUCUCACCGUGGUUCUUACUGUACUAAAGGGAGGCCGGAGGCGACCAGGAGUGUGUAG